AUGGCUCAAAAUUCCAAUCUCAAUUUUCCCAUCAGAAAUGCUAUCUUCCGUGCGGAUGAUAACCUUUACGAAGAUCUAGAACCUGAUUUCAGCGGUUCGCUUGGUGGGUUCAAAACAUUCAACCCCGAAGACAAUCGAUUCCAGCGAUCAGCGAUACAUGUCUCUGCAGAAAGAUCGAAAUUCAAGAAGACGGUUGAACUUAUUCUCUGCUGCCAUGGUUGGAAGAAUCCUGAUAAAGAGGUACCCAUGACUCUGAUUGUCUUGGGGGUAAAGCUAUCCUGCCACGACCGCGAAUCUCGUUUCCAGUCGGUGAGGAUCAGUCUUCGAUUUGGCGAAGACGACAAACGCGACCAAAGGGACGGCUUCGAAGCAUGUCCUCAGGUGGUUGCUUACGCACCAUUUGUACAGGAUGAAUAUUGGAACAUUACGGAAGCAAAUGUUACAGACAUCAAUGGAUAUGGAGGCAAAAUGGGCGUCGAUCAAGUCGUUCAAGCAGAAGUCAGCGCGGAUAAAAGCUCUGAGAUCUCGUACACUCGGCGGCACUUUGAUAGAGGAACCGCAGAUCGCCUUUAUGACAAGAGCACUAGGAGAUUCUCUGGCGUUGAGUGGUAUUGUGAGCAAAACAAGCUACAGAAUUACGGCGUUAUGCCCAACUUCCACUUGGCAGUCCUCGUCGAGCGAUCACGCCAUCAUGGUAAAGCCAUUUCUUUCAAAGCCGAAUUCGACCUGCAGGCUGAGGCCGGCUCCAGACAUGACUUUAAACAAUGCCUGCGCCGUGCUUAUAGGCUUCUGAGACCAGAGGACGACCCCGUGUAUUUUGACCCCUCCAAGGAGAAACCUGACGUCAAUGGAGUUGGUGGAGUAGGUGAGAGGUUAUUGGAAAACAUCAAAAUAGAUAAUCUGGGGGCUCUUGCGGAGGGGAAAUUGUUGAGCAAGCUGAUUGACUCUGCUGGAGGUGCAUUGGCUAGUCUUGAGCCGAUGAAAGGAAUUGUAGGGGUUGAGUCUCAUCAUUCUUACUACAGGUGA